AUGGGUGGCCUCCCAAGCCCUGAAGAUGUCCGCCAACUUCUGGGCCCGCCCAAGCAGACCGCCCUACUGUUCAACAACGUCAACCAAGCGGUGAACCCGGCGGUGCAAUCAGUCCCGGAGUCGGAGAAGGAACGGGCCCUCCAGAAGAAUUGGCCCAUGUUUCCUCGUGGGCCACUGAGGGGCUACCUGGAUGGGUUUGUGCGGAUGCACAAUCGACCCCCGGGCAUCGAGGGUCUUAGACUUGUGGGUGGUAGAUCCAUCUAUUUUUGCCCAUUCUUAUACAUCGAACUGGGAGGUUUCGGCCACUCAAGUCUCGGUAAAGUGUCGGUUGAUGAUCUGGUGGUUGUCUUUAUUCUUCUUCUUGAGAGGGAGUAUUGCUUACUUUUCAGAGUCGCUAGAAAGCUGCUGCAACUUAUCCAAGACUGGCAAAAGCGUGCA